CUUUCCAAACCAGCAUCCCUCAGCGUAGCUGUAGAGCCACAACCCGCACUCAUCGCUUCUCCUGCAGCACUGAUCCUUGCAACUUGCUGGGGUCCAGGCGGGGUCAGGAGCUCGAGUUAGCCCGAAGCAGCGCUUGCCGGUGAGAUCUUCCCCGAACCUGCAUGAGCUACCCCUUCUCGUCUGCUGCUGUCGUCCCUGAGAGCUGCUGGGGGGAGGAGCGGAAGCAGGGGCAGGAGGAGGAGGAGGGGGAGGAGGAGGGGGAGGAGAUGGAGAAGGAGAAGGAGCAGAGGCUUGAGGAGAAGCCUGAGCUUGUUGUCCUUGCGAACUCCAGCGACGCGUUCCAUCGGUCACGUCCUUGCACCGGCUAACCCUCCACGCAUGGAUCUUGGUCAUGCCGAGCAGCUCCAUCAUCUCGUCCUGUGACAUCAG